UUGACUCCUUCAGCCCUGGAGGAAUAAAAACCUCCUUUCUUCAAGCCUCGUCCUCCAUGGCUGCAGAUCUCCUGGAGACCCGAGGAGGUCGCUCUGCUCUCUGCCUCCUCCUCCUCCUCCUCCUCCUCUCCGUUACGACUCUCUCCCCUCCACUCCCCUCAUCCUCCCUCAGAUAUACUACAGCACAGAGAAGAGAGAGAGAGAGAGAAAAAAUCUGAUCAAGCUUUUCCGGUCUCCGAGCCCUAAUUUCCUCUCAAGACCUCUGGCGUUUGGAGCUGAGAGGACGCGCAGACACGGAGAUCCUGGACGCGGGUGGAGACUCUGGAGCGGGUAUCAGCGCGCCUCCUGGACGGUGACUCCUGCGUCGGAUAAUGCAUCCUGUCCGCGGUGUAACGUGCCCGGGAAGGAGGAGUGUGUGAGGGGAGAGGAGAGCAGAAUGGUUCGGCGGAUGAGAGCGCACACGGUUCUCGCCGCGGCCGCUCCGCGUCUCUCCGUCUCCGUGAAGCCGCCACAGAGCGCCGGCCGGUUCCCGUCCCCGUCUCCGUCCUCCUCUCCGCUGCCACGCUGCACCCACCUCCGGGUAUUUGCCCGACUCGUCAUUACAUAACUCGGCGUCUUUUGUCGCCGGGAGGAGGAGGAGGAGGAGAAGAGGCAGACGCAUCUCGUCCACCGCCCGAGCAGCAGGAGCUGCGAGCGGCAUCAGCAGGAGGCGACGACGCGGCGCGUUUUGGACUGAAAAGCCGGACUGUGCUUCGCCUUUGCUGUCGUGGACUGAAGGACUCACACAGGAGGACGCAGAGAGGGUGGAAACCUGAGUCCAGCGGUGAUGAGAGCUCACUACGAGUGGAUUUCGCUGGUGUGCUGCCAGAAGCAUCUGGAAAGGAUAACACAGGGAUACACUCCCCCUCCAGAGGACCAGGGGAUAAUUCACAUCUCAGACGUUUCCAGUGUUUCAGCUCUGAGGUCUUGUGUUUUAAUGUGAAACUGGUGGGUUCAUAACAAGAUUUCCGCUUGGCACCAGUUGGUUUGGACAUGUUUGGAUAACUGGUGCAUCCAGUGAUCUGUGAUUCAAAGAUCCUCACCCAGAAACCAGUCCAGAUUUCUGCAAGGUUUCCUCGUAGCUAUGCAGUGAAGAUGUGUGCAGCCAGGUUCAGUGGCUGCCUCAAUGGCUGUGCCGAGGAGGCCGCCGCCGCCGGUGCUGGUGGUGGUGGUGCAGCAGCAGCAGGGGCUCCUGGUCCGGUCACAGCCUCCAGGAUGCUGGACUGGACAGAGGCCGGUCCCCGCAUCCUCCACAGUCUGGAGAUGGGGACGGUGAUGACCAUCUUCUACCAGAAGAAGUCCCAACGGCCCGAGAGGAGAACCUUCCAGAUAAAGCAGGACAUGCGGCAGAUCGUGUGGAGCAGAAACCCGGACAAAAUAGAAGGAGAGCUCGACAUACGAGAGAUCCGGGAGCUGCGGUUGGGGAAGGGCUCCCGCGAUUUUGAGCGCUACCCGGAGGAGGCCCGUAAACUGGACGCCGCCCACUGCUUCAUCGUGCUCUACGGCCUGGAGUUUCGCCUCAGGACGCUCAGCGUGGCUGCCUUCAGCGAGGAGGAGGUCAACAUGUGGAUCACCGGACUCAACUGGCUGAUGAACGACACCCAGAGAGCGCCCGCUCCACAGCAGAUCGACAGGUGGCUGAGGAAACAGUUUGAAGUCAUGGACAGGAGCCACGAGGGCAGCAUCACAGUGAAGGAUGUGAAAACUCUGCUGCCUCAGGUCAACUACCGAGUCCCCAACAUGCGUUUUCUCAAAGACAAGCUGCAGGAGGUGGAGGCCAGGAGCGAUCUGUCGUACCCUAACUUCGCUCAGCUCUACAGGACGCUGAUGUUUGACGCUCAGAAGACCAUUAUUGAGCAGCUGGAGCUCUCCUUCCCUCUACGGAAUGUUGACAGGCCGGAGCUUUGUCAGAUCUCCCUCUACGACUUCCAGAAGUUUUUACAGAUGGACCAGAAGGACUCCUGGGCGUCGGAUCUGAGCCGCGUCAGAGAGUUCCUCAUGGGGUACAUGAGGGGCGGACCGCAGCCUGAGCCAAUGCUGCAACUUGACGAGUUCCUGACUUUCCUGUUCUCCAAGGAGAACUCUAUAUACGACCCUCGACUUUCGACUGUUGUUCCCGAUGACAUGAAAAGGCCGCUGUCUCAGUACUGGAUCUCGUCUUCACACAACACCUACCUGACAGGUGAUCAGUUCUCCAGUGAAUCAUCUCUCGAAGCCUACGCCCGCUGCCUGAGGAUGGGCUGCCGCUGCAUUGAACUGGACUGUUGGGACGGACCCGACGACCUGCCGAUCAUCUAUCACGGCCACACUUUAACCUCCAAGAUCAAAUUUCUGGAUGUGCUGCACACCAUCAAAGAACACGCCUUCGUCACGUCCGAGUAUCCCGUGAUCUUGUCCAUCGAGGACCACUGCAGCGUGGUCCAGCAGAGGAACAUGGCCACGCACUUUAAGAAGGUGUUUGGAGAUCUGCUGCUCACCAAGCCGGUCGACAACAACGCAGAGGAGCUCCCCUCGCCACACCAGCUCCGCAGGAAGAUCCUCAUCAAGCACAAGAAACUGGUGGAAGGCACGCUCUAUGAAGAGGUGUCGUCAGCCAGCUACUCUGAAAACGACAUCAGCAACUCUCUGAAGAACGGCAUCCUUUACCUCGAGGACCCCAUCGACCACACAUGGACGCCGCAUUAUUUUGUCCUGACCAGUAAUAAGAUUUACUACUCCGAGGAGACGUCUCACUACCAGACAGCCGAUGAAGAGGAGGAGGAUGAAGGAAAAGAGGAGUGUAACAACAACGAGCAGCACUGUGCGGAGCGCUGGUUCCACGGGAAGCUGGGCGGAGGUCGCGAUGGUCGACAGGUGGCCGAGAAGCUCCUGCAGGAGUACUGCGAGGGCGGGGCCAAAGACGGCACCUUCCUGGUUCGGGAAAGCGAGACGUUUGUCGGAGACUACACCCUCUCCUUCUGGCGCUCAGGUCGAGUCCAGCACUGCAGGAUCCAUUCACGUCAGGAAUCCGGCUCCACCCGUUUCUACCUGACUGACAACCUGGUGUUCGACAGCCUCUACCGCCUCAUCUGCCACUACAGAGACACUCCUCUGCGCUGCAACGAGUUCGAGAUGAGGCUGGGCAGCCCCGUACCUCAGCCCAACGCACACGAGAGCAGAGAGUGGUACCACUCCAGCCUGUCCCGUGUUCAGGCUGAACACAUGCUGAUGCGUGUUCCCAGAGACGGAGCGUUCUUGGUGCGGAAACGCAGCGAACACAACUCCUACGCCAUCUCCUUCAGGGCGGAGGGGAAGAUCAAACACUGUCGCAUCCAGCAGGAAGGCCGUCUCUUCAUGUUGGGCAGCUCUGCAGAGUUCGAGAGUCUCGUCGACCUCGUCAGCUAUUACGAGAAACAUCCUCUGUACCGCAAGAUGAGGCUCCGCUACCCCAUCAACGAGGACACUCUGGACCGGAUGGGCACCACGGAGCUCGACUACGGGGCGCUGUACGAGGUCCGCACUCCUCAUUUCUACGUGGAGGCCAAUAAGAUGCCCACAGCACGGUGUACGGUCAAAGCUCUGUACGACUACCGGGCUCAGAGAGAAGACGAGCUCUGCUUCCCCAAACAGGCGCUCAUCCUCAACGUGGACAAACAGGAGGGCGGCUGGUGGCGAGGCGACUACGGAGGAAAGAAACAGCUGUGGUUUCCUGCCAACUACGUGGAGGAGGUUCCCAGCUCUCCCACCAGAGAGAUCGAUGAAGUGUCCACAGAGAACAGUCCUCUGGGAACGUUCCUCAAGGGCUUCAUUGAUGUUCCCACCUGUCAUGUAGUGGUGCACAAGGAUGGGAAGAAUUCGCGGCCCUACGUCUGCACCAUCCACUCCCAGCAGCUGUCAUCUCACCCGGUCCAGACUCUGGACGUGGCAGCCGACAGUCUGGAGGACCUGACCUGCUGGGUCAACAAGAUCAGAGAGGCCACGCAGAACGCUGACGCACGGAUGCAGGAGGAGAAGCAAAUGGAGAGGAGGAAGAAGAUCGCGGUGGAGUUGUCCGAGCUCGUGGUCUACUGCAGACCUGUCCCCUUCAACGAGGACAAGAUCGGCACGGAGAGAGCGUGUUACCGCGACAUGUCCUCCUUCCCGGAGACGAAGGCAGAGAAGUUUGCGACUCGCGGCCGAGGGAAACGCUUCCUGCAGUACAACCGGCGUCAGCUUUCCAGAGUUUACCCCCGAGGACAGAGGCUGGACUCGUCCAACUACGACCCGCUGCCCAUGUGGCUCUGUGGAUCUCAGCUGGUCGCGCUCAAUUUCCAGACGCCGGAUAAACCCAUGCAGCUGAACCAGGCCUUGUUCAUGCUCGGCGGUGGCAGCGGCUACGUCCCCCAGCCCGACAUCAUGAGGGACGACGCCUUUGACCCCUUCGACAAGGACACCUUACACGUGGAGCCGAUCACCAUCCAGUUACAGGUGCUGGGAGCCCGUCAUCUGCCUAAAAACGGCCGCAGCAUCGUCUGUCCCUUCGUGGAGGUGGAGAUCUGUGGAGCGGAUUACGACAGCUGCAAGUGCAAGACGGACGUCGUAGCUGAUAACGGGUUGAAUCCCGUGUGGGUGCAGAAGCAGUUUGUGUUCGACAUCCACAAUCCCACCUUCUCUUUUCUGCGCUUCACCGUCUACGAGGAGGACAUGUUCAGUGAUCCUAACUUCCUGGCACAGGCGACCUACCCCGUCCGUCCACUACGAACAGGCUACAGGAGCGUCCCUCUGAAAAACAGCUACAGCGAAGAGCUGGAGUUGGCUUCACUUCUGGUUCAUAUAGAGAUCGUCAAUGCCAAGGAGGAAGACGAUGAGAACCUGUACAUGUCCAUCCAGCGGCUGCGGGAUCGAACCAGCGAGCUGUCAACCCAGGUCUCUCUCCUGGAGAGGUCGGGCUCAGGGGAUCUCAGCUACCAGCAGAGUCUGGAGGAGCUCAGAGCGGCUCAGGACCAGCUGAGCGAGCUGGUGGAGGCUCGAAACCGCAGGCUGGUGGAGAAGAAGAGGAGGGAGAAGCUGAGGCAGCAGGUGGCAGCAAAGCGCAGCUAAUCCUCUGGUCCACCGGAGAGCGCUGAAGUCCAACGCGAGCUGUGCCCGACGCCGUGCAGCGACAGCCUGAGAGGACGACGGGCGGCGACAUGCAAUCCAUUUCUAACUGGAAACAAACACACACAAAAAACCAAACACGUUCCUUCACAAUAAAAUGUGAGAUUGAAUUGCACACUGUUGUAACUAACAGCAGAGGAAAACGUGACCGACAGAAGCAUCUCAUGGACUUAAAGAAGACCUCACAGAACUAAGCUAUAAAAACAAUCAACGACUGAAGGCUGAGACACAGUGAGAGCGAGUCAGGGAUGACAGGAGAGGUGAAACGUCAGGAUGAAUCAACAGAAAAUUAGUCUGCAACAGUUUUGAUAAGUAAUUAAUCGUUUAAAGGUCCGGUCUGUAGAAUUUAGUAGUGAAGUUCCAUCUUCCAUCCCACUGAAUACCCCUCGCUUCAUGUUCUCGCUUCAAGCAUGAAGGAGGAACUACAGUGGCUGUGAAACCCCUGAAAGAUUCUCAAACCCUGGGCCGACUGCAGCAGGACUGAGCCUUUGUACAUAGGGCGGCUGCUAAACGACACUAUGUUGAGUCCAGUGAUUGGUUUGUCCAUUCUGGGCUACUGUAGAAACACAGUGGCGGACUCUGGACGAGGACCAGCUCCUCCUCUGUAGGCUUAUUUCUUAUUUUCCGGUUAUUAUACCCAAAUGAAAACAUAAAUAUGAAUAUGAUAUUACAUUUUUGUCAAUACAUCCCCAUACACACGUUACACACCGGACCUUUAAGUCAUUUUACAAGUAAAUAUGAGGUAUUUUUCUUUGCAUUAUGUGACCAUCAAUAGUUGUUUUUUGGCUUUUGUUGGUCCAAAAAAUAAUAGGUCACUGAAGAUGCUACCUUGAGGUUUAGAUAAGAAUAAGAGGAAUUUUUCACAAUUUUCUGACAUUUUAUGGACCAAAAAUCGAGUUAGUUUCGUUAGUUUCAGUUCUAAUCAUGGUAAGUCGAGUUUUAGACUCUAAAUCUAGUUAAUAUUAGCUAAUUAUCAUAAAUGUGCAUUUUCAGCACGUUGUCAUUUCUUUAUAACAAAAGAUGAUUCCUGUCCAGAGGAAGGCUUCAAAGAAAAACAUCUCUUUGGGCCUGGCUGCUUCUUGACACGUUUCGAUAGAGAGCAGUGCCACAAAACUGAAAACUGAAAAAGUCUGCAGGUCAUCAGGUUCAUUCUCACUGUGUUUUGGUCUUCAGCUAAGAAAAGAAAAAAAAACAGGAUUCAAGGGAGAAGAAAACUCAGGUUACACAGACGGAUGGAAAUAAAAAAGAAAUCACUCAUAUCUGGAUGGAAAAAGGGAGCAGUGGGCACACGUAGCAAAAAGUAAAUAUCAUGUAUGUGCCUUUGAGUUUGAGAAUUACUCCGUGUUUAACGGCGGGAAAGAAAACCGACUGACUUCUCUACAACUGGAAUAGUGUGGCCCUUUAAGGGAAAACUACUAACAAACUGGAGGAGGAAUUUACUCGCUCGGUUCGGACCAAUACUCAUGAAAUGGGUUUAAAAGGGAAGACUGAAGUCUCCUAAUCAAGACCAAGUCUUUUUUUUUGUUUGUUUUUCUUCUCUGCCCCCAGGUGGAGGGGAGGCUCCCUGUUCUACCUGGGAGAGCACAAACCGGACAAACAAAUCCUCACCAAUCCACACUGAGAAGGUCUUUUAACACUUCUUCAAAAAAGAAAAAGGGCUCUAAAUAUCUAUACUACCUUCAGAUGAGGCAGGAGAGGAGGAGGAGGAGAGAGGAAGACCAUGAUCCUCGCAGUGCCCGCUGGAUGUCACCUGCACAGGUGGGCUCAGGUGUGUUCGUCACAGAUUCUGACACACGACAGACAAACAAACAAACAAACAAACAAACAAACAAACAAACAAACAAGGGCUAUCACAGAAAAACUCAGCAAAGCAAAGCACUCUCUUUUCCUGCCGGUUCAGAUUUAUCGCCUCACAUCUUGAACCACACGACCAGGAUCAGUCGCCGCCAUCUGGCUCUAAUCAAACAGAUGUGGCUCAACUGGUCCCGGAUCUGCCAAAAAAGCUUCAAUUCGACCCCAUUGCAUGGCUUCAUGUUUAAUAACGCCCCACCCACCCUUCCCUGCCCCACCUCCUGUAGCCACUUCACCUUCCCAUCAUCCUCCUGUCUAAUUUCUCAUUGUGUAUAUAACUUCUUUUAUUUAUCAAGCAGGUGUAGAUCCUGUUUUAAUAGAUGAAGCAACAUACUAGAAGAAUGAUAAUGGACUUCAGAUUGAAGAGACUGUAACUUUAUGUAGAAAUGAAUAUUGUGUACCCGGAGCUCCCUUUAAAUGUCCCUGUAGACACAAACCUCUCGCUCUCUUUUCUCGCUCUGCUACAGUUGCACUGGGUAGGGACUUCUAUGCAAAGGUCGUCUUCUUGGCCUAUAGACAUUGUGUAUUAAGUUGUGUUUUCUCUCCAUAUCUAUGCUAACUGUCCAGUAUUAUUACUCUGCAUUAAAACUCCUGUGCAAGUUUCCAUUUAAUAAAGCUCUUUCAUGUA